AUACACACAACUAUACACACCCACACACCUGAAAACACCCCUGGUUGACAUGAAAACUGGUCAUUUGAAUAGACUUUACUUUCUGUUUUUGCGUAUUUUCCCUGUGAGCCUCUCUGGCUAAAUAGAAAGAGUAGUUAUCUUGCAAUUAGAAAUGCCAAUAGACUAUUUAGAUAUUGUCUAGACAUUCUCAUUCAGGAAUGCUAACUGACUGUAGUGACUGUUUCUGAUCCUAAAUUAUAGAAAUCUAAACCAAAUCUUGAACUACAUCAACAUUCAUUCAUUUCAAGCACACCCUUUUCUGUGAAAUAUAAAGGAAUAAUGAACAGACAAAUGAAUUUCCUGCCCUCGAUGAUACGACAGAGAAACUUGUUAACUUCACGACGAAGAGCUUUGCAUAAGGGGAAAAAUUAUAAGAAUCAAAACCAGUUGUUGGGGUAAAAUGAAAACAUAACAUCAAAAAUGCUCCAAAUCAUAUCCAAAUGCUGAAUGUCAGUAUGUCUUCAGAAAAAUAAACAGAAAAUAAGACAGGUCUAAUAACUCUCUUUUAAAGUUUAAGUUAUCCCAUGAACCGUAGCAUUUCGUUAACUUACUUCUUCAUGGCUGGUGACCCAUGAAGCCUAACCCACGACCUUGCACCAACCAGUUCAUAUCUCAUCUCAUGGCUGCUAGGACAACACUCACCCAACCAGUUCAUAUCUCAUCUCAUGGCUGCUAGGACAACACUCACCCAACCAGUUCUUAUCUCAUCUCAUGGCUGUUGGUACAGCACUCACCCAACCUGAUCUGAAAUCCUCUUCAAUUCACAGAAACAGGCUCAGGAGACAAAUCUGUUUACUUUCAUACUGGCUACAGGUUUGUGCAGUUCAACACUUUUGUUUAAUGAGGAGUAAAACCAGUAUUUGUAAAGAUACACAAUAAUUUAUGGAUAACUAUAUUCACAUCUGGUGUCUUAUAAUGCACUGGAAACAAGCUGAAGUUAACUUUAACUGAGAAAAGGCUGCAAAUAUCUUUGUCAUCAGGUGAAGUAUCUUGACAAACAGAAAACAACUUUUUUGUUGUGCAUUAAAGUAGAACAGGUGUAGUAAUAUUAUUAUACUAUACGAACAGUAUGAUGCCAAAUUUCUUCUUUAAAUAAAUAAAGUGAAUAAAUAAUCUUCUGUAUAGAAAAAAAUCACCCCAAAAACAUACGACUUUACAGGUGGCUUUAUUUAAUUUACUGUUUAAUUUUCUGUUUUCUGUUUCAAGGUGUUAAUAAAUACAAUGCAAAUAUGAAGGAAAAUUUACAUCAGGUAGCUCCACCCUUGUAUUCGUGUAAGGUGCUGUGUGGACAGUGAGGAGGAUGUUUCAUGGAAAUCAAACAGAAAUGACAUUGUCCUUCCUGUUCCUCCAACAUUUGGUGUGUCAUCAUAAGUCCAGACAACUCUCUGAGAAGCUACCUUGAUCUUCCUUGACUUUCCAUUAAAGUGGGGUCGAGAGGUGCUGGUUCCUCUCAAGCUAACGUUCUGGGCAAGAGGCGGAGUCACCCUGGACGGGUCGCCAGUCUGUCGCAGGUCACAUCAUUAAGAAGACCUGCAGAUUUAAGAUCAACGCAGAUCAUCAAGGACACAUUUUCUUGACUUUAAAACCAACGGAGCGUCUCUGAGUGCUGGCCAACAGAUUUGUUGGAAUAGCACAGAUUCAUAGUUUGUUUGGAUCUAGACAUGGAGCUAACAGGACAGAGCAAACCAUCAAAAUCUUUUCACAAAAUCCUCAGACUGGUUCUGCUCAGUGUUUUUAUUCUUGGAUGUAUUGUGACUGCCUUUUUCAUGUACUAUAAACCAUCCUCCCCUUUGUUAAACCAUCUAUUACAGUCAUCAGAUUGCACAAAGAACAUCCCUCAUGUUUAUUCUGAAACCAAUUACAAAAACAUGACUAUAGUUCUUCUUUGGAUGUGGCCCUUUGGUCAAACCUAUGAAAUGAACGUCUGCAGCUCUGCCUUCAACAUCGAGGGCUGCUUCAUCACAGUAGACAGAAAGUUCUACAACAAAUCGGACGGGGUCGUCAUCCAUCACAGAGACAUUGCUGGGGACUUGUCCAACUUGCCGAAAUCACAGAGGCCUUGGUUCCAGAAAUGGAUCUGGAUGAACUGGGAGUCGCCGAGGCAUACAGCCCGACUUCCUGGGCUUAAUAACUUGUUUAAUCUGACUCUCAGUUACCGUCGAGAUUCCGACAUAAAAAUGCCUUAUGGGUUUCUUGUAACAGCAAAUACUGUGGAGGACUUUGUACCACCAAGCAAAGACAAACUGGUCUGCUGGAUCGUCAGCAACUGGAGCCCUAAUCACGUGAGGGCAAAAUAUUACAAUGAGUUUAAAAACCAUAUUAACAUACAAACGUUUGGACGUGCCUUUAACAAACACAUCGCUGACAAAGAUUACAACCCUAUUGUGUCCAGUUGUAAGUUUUAUUUGGCCUUUGAGAACUCAGUCCACGAGGACUACAUCACUGAAAAACUAUACAACCCCCUCUCUCUGGGCACAGUGCCAGUGGUUCUCGGCCCAACCAGAGAAAACUAUGAGAUCUUUGUUCCAAGAGAUGCUUUUAUCCAUGUGGAUGAUUUUAAGACACCCAAAGAGCUGGCUGACUAUCUGCUUCUUCUGGACAAGAACGAAGAACUGUACCUUGGGUACUUUAAAUGGAGACGGCACUUUAAAGUAAAUAUAGUCAAGUUCUGGGCAGAGCUCACAUGUAAGGCCUGUGAUUACCUGAGACAUAAGAACGAAUACAAAGCAUUUAAUAACCUUAAUAAAUGGUUCUGGGGCUGAUGGACUAUGCAGCACUCAUCACCUCUUUAUAAAGUGGUACUCAGCACUCAGAGAAAAGUCAAACUGAUAAUUUAAUGGAACAUUUGCAUAAAGAAUGCAAGUAAGCAAAAGUGAAAAGGAAUGUAAAGUUAAAGGUGAAGGUAAUUUUUUAUUUUUGGGAACAAUGUUUGUACUUUCUUUAGAUUAUAUUUUUACAUGUUUUUAAGUCAGAUUUGCAUCUCUAAUGCAGGAGAUAUGUCUCUGUUCAGUGUGUGAAGAAAUAUUGAAGCCACUUUCAUAAUUGUGCACAUUUUGUGAUAAGGAGAGCUGGAUUGUUAACUGAUCAAUCAAUCAAUGAUAAGUGAAUGGGAUUUUGUUUACAUAGUCCUUAGAUAGUCUCAUUAUUUGCUCAAAUUUGUUUCCUCAUAUGUGAACGACAUUGCUUUUUGUAACCACAAGGCAAAAACCAGCAAUUCUAAGAUAUCUGAUACCUUUAAGGUAAUAAAAAAACUUUCACUAGUCUAGAAUUGAUCAAUAGUAAAUCCCUAAAUAUAGAUUAAUAUAUAGAUUAAUCCAUUGUCCAGCAGUACAUGAAAAGUUGAAAAGCCUCUCAAAAUCCUUCUUUAUACUUAAAAUAUUGUUUAGUAAAGGGUGUUCUUUCAGCAUUUUAAUUUACAUUUGAAUUAAAAGUUAACAUCAUAACUGACAGAGAAAGCAGAUCAGGUAAAACAUGCACCAAAGUGUUUCUAACAUCUCUGUGAUGCGAGAAAUAUUUACCUGAAUUGAAACUGAAGAUCCCAGCAGUGGGCAGAACUUAACACAAUAUCAUUGUUUGGUUAGAAGAUGCACUUCUUUUCUACAAGGGUCCGGUCCUUAUCCUGUGUGAUGAAGAUGCGACUGGAUUUUUCAAGAAAUAAAUUGUGAUGUAUAUAUUUUUAAUAUUCAAAUGUUAUUAUAAGAGUGUGGAAAGCAAAUGGAGCUGGGAUGUAACUUUGUUGGUGAUUCUUUAUACAAUUAAGAGGUUUUAGGUAAAAACUGAGAUACACUUUAGUGGAAAAACAAACCACAGGCAUUGCUAGUAGCGCCAGAGCAUGAGGUAUGUUUUGUAUAAAAUACAGAUGGCAGUCUGCUUUCAUUACCUUAUUGAGGAACUUGUGCCAAAAUGAGCUACAGAUUUUGGCCGGUCCAACAUAAACUUUUGUUUACAGUUCUUCCUGUAUAAAAACAAAGUGUCGUCAGUGUGUUUGGAAAUUCAGGGAAAAUAUACUGUAUUUUUUCUACCUUUUGUGGGUUUUGUAUAUUGUUAGAUGUGCUCUAACCGUGUAUGUGUAUGUGAAUGGGAAAAUGAAGUGAAUAAAGGUAUGGGUAAAUGAGCAAACUUGA